AUGUCAACGGAAAGGCACAAACUAGAUUACAAGAGAACAAGGCGACGUUCUUCUUCAAGCUCACUGCAGACAUUGAUUGAAAAGAAGAAGCUCAUACGUUCCAGCGCUUCUGAUGACGUGCGCAGUUCGGCCAGCUUUGUCGUCCUUCAAGAAGGCUUCCAGCAAUUUGAGCGGGACUUGAACAAGCUGCAACAGUAUGUUGAAUUGAAUGCGACAGGCUUCUAUAAAGCACUCAAGAAGUGGGACAAGCGCAGUAAAUCGCACACCAGGGAGCUCUAUCUAUCGAGGCGUGUCGAAAUCCAGCCUGUGUUCAAUCGCGAAGUGCUCUCUGAUUUGGUUGAUACUGCGACCAUGGCUCUAUUAGACCUCGAAGGUUUUGCAAACGACGAGGAUGCCCUCAUGAUGCACCCGAGCGACACUCGCCAGCCCGUCCAGAACGCGGAAAGUGAUUUCGACUCUGAUAUGCUCAAAGCCGUGCUCUCGGACUCUUCAGACAUUUUCCGCGAGUUUCUUACCAAGCUGACCACCAAGUCCCUACCGAAUGCUGAGGCGCGUCUGACACGAGUACUCAUGCAAGCCAUGCGCGAAGCUACCGACGAAGCGCUUACUGCCUUGGACGAAAUAAGUGCUGUCCUCUCCUCGCGUCUCUUUGCUUCCGACGUUACCAAAAUCGACGUAUACGGACGAACACCGCUCCAUUAUGCAUGUCUUUCAAAUGCUGUCGAUGACAAGAUUGUCAGCCUGUUGCUGGAGCACAAGGCACCUCUCAACGCGCUAGACCACAACAUCUCGACUCCACUACACUACAGCAUCAUCCACUGCCGGUUCAGUACCGUGAGCUUGUUAUUACAGCACAAGGCUGAGGUCAAUCCCAAGAAUGAGAGUGAUUAUAUUCCUCUGUCCAUGGCAUGUGCCCGUGGUCAUCUGGACAUUGCAAAACUCUUGCUCGACAAUGGCGCAAAGAUUCUGUACAACGCCGAAGGGCUUCAGCCUAUACAUAUUGUCGCUCGGGCUGGUCAUACUGGCUUCAUUGGCCUCUUGCUUGAGAAUGGAUCUGACCUGGAAGCUAGGGAUAAAUUCACGAGCGAGGGACACGUUGGAAUUUUGAAGGAACUGAUCGCAUGCGGCGCCUUGACAGACACUCGAGAUGAGGAUCAUCAUUCACCCAUGUACUACGCGGCAUGGGAAGGACACAAGGCUGCUCUUCAGGCGCUCGUUUCCGCUGGCGGAGCGUUUGGCAAUACAGAGAGUACACUGCGCAGACCUGCAGCGCCGGUCGCUGCACAAGUCGAAGAAGAAUUCGUGGACGAUGGUAUCCCAUCGCUCACUCUGCCGCCACCCAUUCUGCCAGUCCGGUCAUAUGGCCACAAUUACUUGGACAAAUCCACAUUCGUUCAGAUUGUCCUCAGUAGUCCAAGCAAGAGUGUUAGGUCUCCGGUGCAAUGGUACUUGGACGAGUCGCUGUUUUCCUCCUCGAAACUAACAGUCUCGCUCAAGUCUGCUCAACGGAGAGCCAUUACCGAGCUCAUUCCGCAUACAAUUUCUCUGCCUAUCAUGGAUGAUGCAGAGUCCUUUACAUUUCAAAUUGACGAAGUGGACACUAUCUUCCUCGAAUUCGAAAUUUACCCAACCUUUGGAUCCAAGGUGAUUGCAAAAGGCGUCGCAUUGCCAAACAUGUUCAAAGAUGCCUCUAGCUCUCGGAUAGACGGGCGACAAUGCCUCGUUCCGCUCUUUGACCCACGGCUGCAGCCCAUUGGCCACGUUUCUUUUGAGUUCACAAUCAUUCGACCUUUUGCCGGUGUACAUUUCGACAUCCACUCUCGCAUCGAAACUUAUUGGAAAAGCACACAAACUCUGGACAGCAGCAGCAGAACAGCGUCGCAGCACCUCGUCACAGAGUCGUCUCUAUCUGGCGAGUACCUUUGGGUCCCUGUACAGAUUACGAAUGAUCACGUUGCAUUCAUCUCAUCGGAGUGGUAUAUACCAGUCGAGAAUGUCACUCUGGGUGUCAUGGACGUAACUUCUGAUCAAUUAUCCAGGAUUUGCAAGCCUCAGCAGAGUGGCUUGGUGGAGAAGCUUCGGUCUGCCCGGACACCCGCAGAGCUACGGUCGAUCUUGUCUUCAGCCAUUGUUAAGCUUGGGGAUUUUCUUGAAAACAUUCAUCCCGACAUCAAUUUGCAGAUUCAGAUCAUGUUCCCAAGUGCUGAGGAGCGUUCGCACCUUGGCCUCAAGUUUUCGCUCGACAUAAACGUUGCUGUCGACUCUGUUCUCUCUACCGUCUUCAGCGUCUCAGAUCGUCGGAAAGCGGCGAACCCAAACAUGCAACCAAGAUCUCUAUUUUUCUCAUCAUGCAAUGCCACAAUCUGCACGGCCAUGAAUUGGAAACAGCCAAAUUAUCCCGUCUUCUUGGCAUCGCAUGCCGGACUCUCCUCGCCCACUGUCGCAGACGCGAGUGGCACGUACAUCAGUCCGCAUGGCUUGUCAUUGAGCAGACGUGGCGAAGAAGCUACGUCUAUCAAAGAGGCAGUCAAAUUCUCGCGAACCAACAACUUGCUCGGCAUGAUUAUCGAUGCAGACAUUGCUCUCCAUGCCCCUGCACUGAUAACAACAAUCAAGGAGUCGGGUCUUGUGCUUAUUACGCAUGGUUCAGCGAAUGAGCUUCGUCAAAAUGUCGAUACCCAAGCUGCUCACGGUGCGGACGGAAUUUUCCUUGAUGGUGUCUGUUCGUUCCUGCACGGCAUCGAAACAUAG